CACCAGCAGCUCUCUGUGAGCGAGAGCGAACGCGCGUGCGAGAGAGCAAGCAAGCGCGUGCGUGUAUGCGUGUGUGAAUGUGAGGGUGUGUGAGGAUGGCAACGCUCGUGGCACCAGCCGACACCGCAGAGUCCUUCUGCGCGGACAGCGGCACCAGAGCCGGCAACAUGGCAUCGCCCACCGCCGCCUCGGCGCACCACUUCGACGACGGCAGGUUUUACCUGUUGGUGGUCGUCGGGGAGCUCGUCACGGCCGAGCAUCUGAAGUGUGCCAUUGCGGACAUAGAGAAAGGAAUUCGUUCAUGGGACACAAAUCUCAUUGACUGCAACCUGGACCAGGAGCUGAAGCUUUUUGUUUCUCGACACUCUGCCAGGUUUUCUGCUGAUGUGCGAGGACAGAAGAUUCUGCACCACAAAAGCAGUGUACUGGAGACUGUUGUGCUGAUCAACCCCUCAGAUGAGGCUGUUAGCACUGAGGUUCGCUUGAUGAUUUCAGACGCAGCCCGCCACAAGCUGCUUGUUCUGGCAGGACAGUGUUUUGAAAACACCGGUGAACUCAUUCUCCAGUCUGGUUCCUUCUCCUUUUUCAACUUCAUUGACAUUUUCACAGACCAAGAGAUUGGGGAACUUUUAAGCACCAUACAUCCAGCCAACAAAGCCAGCCUAACCCUUUUCUGUCCUGAACAUGGUGACUGGAAAAAUUCAAACCUUGACAAACACAGCCUACAAGACUUCAUUAAUAUUAAGCUAAACUCUCCAAGCAUCCUACCAGAAAUGGAGGGCCUCUCUGAGUUCACAGAAUACCUCUCAGAAUCGGUGGAAAUCCCAUCUCCCUUUGAUAUGCUUGAACCUCCCACAUCAGGUGGAUUCCUGAAGUUAUCUAAACCAUGCUGCUACAUUUUCCCAGGUGGCCGAGGUGAUUCAGCACUUUUCGCUGUUAAUGGCUUCAACAUGCUUGUCAAUGGUGGAUCUAACAGGAAAUCCUGUUUUUGGAAGUUGGUUCGCCAUCUAGACCGGGUAGAUUCUAUUCUCUUGACUCACAUUGGAGAUGACAACCUUCCAGGGAUCAACAGCAUGCUGCAAAGAAAGAUUGCAGAACUGGAGGAGGAACAAUCACAGGGAUCCACGGCCAAUAGUGACUGGAUGAAGAACAUGAUCUCACCUGACCUUGGUGUUGUGUUCCUUAACCUGCCUGAGACUCUUGAGAAACCAGAACCAAACCACAGGGUACGAAGAAACCUUGAAGAAGCUACACUCACUCAGCAGUAUCUCAGCAAGCUGUCUUUGAAACCAGAACCUCUACAAAGGAAUGUAGGCAAUACAAUUGAACCUAUCAUACUGUUCCAGAAAAUGGGAGUUGGUAAGCUUGAAAUGUAUGUCCUGAACCCUUCAAAGAACAGCAAAGAGCUGCAGUACUUUAUGAAGCAGUGGACUGGUAGUGAAAAGGACAAGGCACCAAUUAUGUUACCAAAUGGAAAUGAAUCCGAGCUCCCAAUCUCAUAUUUAUCCUCAAUCUCAUCUCUGAUUGUAUGGCAUCCUUCUAACCCAUCAGAGAAAAUAGUACGUGUUUUGUUUCCAGGUAAUGCCACACAGUAUAACAUUCUUGAGGGCUUGGAGAAAUUGAAACACUUGGAUUUCCUCAAGCAUCCUGUAGUCACAGAGAAAGACCUGUCUUCAAACAUGGCACCAGCUCUCAAGCAGGCAAAGCUGAAGCAUAAGACGGAUAGCAAAGAGAGUCUGAAGUCACUCCCAAAAGCAUCUCCAAGCAAAGCCGUCAGAAAGGAGUCCAAAGAAGAAACUCCUGAAAAGGCAAAAAUUGAUGCUGAAGGAACUCCGGAACCAUUGCUGAAAGUUGAGAAGAAAGAAAAACCACUUGUCAAGCGACAAGCAAAAACUAUAGAAAAGGAGACAAAGGCUAAAUCUGAACAAACACCAAAAACUGAUACACCAGAAAAAAAGAAAGUGGAAAUAAAACCAAAAAUUACGGCCAAAGAAAAAUUAAUCAAGAAGGAGACAAAGAAAGUUGUGGAAAAGAGUGAAGUUGACAAAAAGAAGGGGAAAAAAGAUGACAAGCCAUCACCCAAAAAAGAGGAAAAGGUCAAAAGUGAGGAGAAGCCGAAGAAAGAAGACAUCAAGAAGGAGGUAAAAAAGCGGGACAUUAGGAAAGACUCACCACUGAAGGAGAGCAGGAAAGAGGAAAAGAAAGAAAUUAAGAGGGAUGAAAAGGAUCUUAAAAAAGACUCAAAAAAACCUGCAAGUUUAAAGAAGAAUGUUUCUGGCGCAGGUGAAGUGAAAAAGCCUGCACCAAAACCAAAGGUGGCAACACAAGGAAAAGCCCUCAGCAGCCCUGCUAAAUCUAAAGAAAAAGCUAAGCCCACUAAAAAAGAUGCUGGAAAAUCUGUUGUUGCUGCUGCAUCUGCAGCUGUUCCUAUCGUGGCAGCCACUGUAGCUAGCACUACUGCUUUGGAGGCUGAACGAUCCCUUAUGUCCUCUCCAGAAGACCUUACCAAAGACUUUGAGGCUCUGAAAGCUGAGGAGAUAGUUGAAGAUGAUGAAACCUUACCUCAGACCAAAAUAGAAGAUUCUGAACAAGGAGUAAUGAUACAACAGGAAGAAAUCACCAUUUGCAAGGACUCUCCAGAAACAGCAGAAUCUGUGGAUGAGGGAAUAACAACUACAGAAGCUGAGGAGGAAUGUGGAGGUACCCCAGAGGAGUCAGAACCUAAACAAAAAGCUGUUGUCACUAAUGGUACAGAGAAAUUUGAGGAUGAGGGCACAGGACUUGAAGAGUCAUCUGAGAUGGGAGAUUAUGAGGAAAAGGGAGAUACAGAGGAAGUGGAUGAACAGGAACAAGGAAUAGAUGCUACAAUUCAAGUGAAGGCAGAAGAUGUGGAGGAAGAAACUGUGGAGGAAACUGUGGAGGACGAGUGCAUCAGGCCAACAGAGACCGAACAACUUGACAAAGAAACUGAGAGGCAGAUUUUGACCGUGACCACUCCUCCAAAGCUCUCUUCUCCAGUCUCACCAGCAGCUUCGAUUCAUGAUGAAACUCUGCCAGUAGGCUCAGAAAGCGAGGUGGCUUCAGAUGAUGAGAAUAGAGAUGAGCCUCCUGAGGAAUACACUACAUCUGGGCACACACAGUCUACAAUCGAAAUCUCAAGUGUACCAACUCCCAUGGAUGAAAUGUCAACUCCAAGGGAUAUAAUGAGCGAUGAGACUACAAAUGAAGAAACUGAAUCUCCCUCUCAAGACUUUGUCAAGUAUGGGAUUUUAGGCGACUAUGAUCGAAAGAAACUCUCGCCCCUCCAAGAUGUUCCUGAUUUAGAUCAUUCAAAGAGUGAUGCAACAGAGGGUCAUGAUUACCAAGCUUCAGCUUCUACAAUUUCACCACCAUCUUCAUUGGAGGAAGACAAAUCUUGCAAGGAUUUCUACAGUACAACAGGAUUCUCUUUGGACUCAGAGAGGCUUGCUGCUGCGUCUACCACCUUGCCCCUUGUGCGGUCACCCUCUGGAGACCAUAACAUAGGCAUUGAACACAUUCAAACAGGUAUUUCAUCACCAAUUGAGCUUGGCACUACACUUACAUUGUCAUCAAAAGGAGUCAUGGAUGCUUCAAACAGUCCAGAUGAUAAAACCUUAGAGGGCACUUCUUCACCUCAGUCUUUGGGGCAUACACCUUACUAUCAGUCUCCAGUGGAAGAGAAGGCUGGAGCUAUACCCCUUGAACAAGUCACUAACCAAGGUCCCAUUAUUGUUGAAGUAACAAGUGACAAAGAGUAUUCUCCCAGAGAAGCUAGUCCUAUUGAUGAAGCUGUACCAAUAUCACCAGCAGAAAAGGUUCCAUCCCCAGAAUGUAGUCCAGUAUCCUGUGGCAGUACCACCUCAGUGCUUGAAGAAAAGCCACACUUUGAUGAUCAGUCUGCUAUUAAAAUUAGCCAUGAUGAUAAGAAGCCAGAAAAUGGUGACAGUUCCUCUAUUUCAUCCUCACUACCACAGACUAAAAUCGAAUCAUCAGAUUCAGUUCCUUUCACAACAUUCAAAGAGGAGAGUAAAAUGUCCAUAUCUGAGGGAACCACAUCUGACAAGUCAGGCACUCCAGUUGAUGAAGUUGUUGCUGAAGAUACAUUUUCUCAUAUUGCCUCAGCCUCAACAGCAUCACUUGCAACAAGCUCUUUACCAGAGCCUACAACCGAUGAUGUCUCCCCAUCGUUACAUGCUGAAGUGGGUUCCCCUCACUCCACAGAGGUAGAUGACUCUCUGUCUGUCUCUGUUGUGCAAACUCCAACUACAAUGCAAGAAACAGACGUUUCCCCAUCUAAGGAGGAAAGCCCUCGGCCUAUGUCAAUCUCUCCAGAUGUUUCGCCAAAAACAGCCAAGUCGCAGACACCUCAGCAGGGGACAAAGUCUCCUGAACAUUCUGCCAUGUCAGUGGAAUUUGGUCAGGAAUCCCCAGAUCAUUCUUUUGCAUUGGAUUUCAGUAAGCAAUCCCCAGAACACCCAGUUGCAGUGGGGCCCCAGCGUGCAGUCACUGAAAAUGGCCCAACAGAGGUUGACUACAGCCCCUCAGAUGGAGCUGAUUACAGAUCAGGAGAACCACGCAGACCAGGAGGGAAUGGUGAGAAGCCCAUGCUUUUCAAAGAGCCUGACAGCACCCAAGUUGCUUCUGCUUCUCCAUCCGAUGCUUCCCAGUCCACCCCAUCUGUUACAACACCCACUCAAAUUGGUGAGCCCAGGGAAAUGUCUCCAAAUGCUGGUCCUUGUUCAGAAUCUGUCACACCAAAAAUAUCUCCCCGCAAUCAAUCACCGGUGUCCCCAGACUCAUCUCUAAUACUGAGGGGUCCCAGCCCCUCAGAUUACAAAGAUAGAACAAGUCCCACCUUAUUUUCUAGUGAUGAUAGUACUUUUAAGACAGAGGAGAUCAGAUCCAGUGAGGUCAGCACCCUUCCAAAAGCUGCUUCCCCUUCAUCCCCCACAGUGUCCUCUUACUCUUGUCUACCACAGAAGACUGAUGCACUUAAUCUUGGAGAAGGGACUGUUCCCUUUACGUCUGAGUCUAAAUCACCCGUCAGUCCCAAAAUGCCAUCUCCACCUCUGUUGUCCCCUAAGCUAACAGAGUCUCAGUUUUCUAGCAGCUCCGCUCAUGUUGAAGAAGCGGCUCAGAAGUCUACUAGCGGCUCAAGAGAUCCAGACAGCUCCAAAGUAAGUGUCUCUCCUCAGUCACGGUCAAAUGUUGACUUAUGUUUGGUGACCUCCUGUGAAUACAGACAUCCAAAGACAGAGCUUUCACCUUCGUUCAUAAACCCCAACCCUCUUGAGUACUUCAUGAAUGAGGAGAAUCCUCUACAGGAGGAAAAGCCACUCACUAAGUCUGGUGGAGGGCCACCCCCAACCGGAGGAAAGCAGCAAAGUAAGCAGUGUGAGGAAACUCCGCCAACUUCUGUUAGUGAAUCAGCACCUUCUCAAACAGAUUCUGAUGUUCCUCCUGGAACUGAAGAGUGUCCUUCCAUAACUGCAGAUGCAAACAUUGAUUCAGAAGAUGACUCAGAAACUCUACCGACAGACAGGACCCUCACUUAUCGUCAUGUAGAUCCUCCUCCAGUUGCAUCAAGGGAUUCUGCUCCUGCACCACCUUAUCCUGAUGUCUGCAUGGUGGAUCCAGAGGCCCUUAAGGCUGAGGAGGACAACCAACUAAAGGAGUCUAAAAAAGGGGAGGGAGAGAAGCCAAAACCUAAAUCUUCUUCACCAGCUAGAAAGAAUGUUCUGUCUAAAACAAAUGCAGCCAAGGAGUCAAAAACAGCAUCUCCAAAGAAGAGCACAGUGGAGAAAGAUGCCAAAAAUGCAACUAACACCUCUGCAUCAAGGGGUGUAAAAACUACAGGAAGCAGCAAGGCCAACAGUGGACUGUCAGUACCAAACUGUCCUCCAAUGUACAUGGACCUAGUUUAUAUCCCUAAUCACUGCAGUGCCAAAAACGUGGAUGCAGAGUUCUUCAAACGAAUUCGAUCCUCAUACUAUGUGGUCAGUGGCAAUGAUCAAACAGCACAGGAGCCCAGCAAGUUGGUCCUAGAUGCUCUUUUAGAGGGGAAAGCACAGUGGGACAGCAACAUGCAGGUGACGCUUAUUCCAACCCACGAUUCUGAUGUUAUGAGGGAGUGGUAUCAGGAGACCCAUGAGAAACAGCAAAACUUGAAUAUUAUGGUUUUAGCCAGCAGCAGCACUGUGGUUAUGCAAGAUGAAUCUUUCCCUGCAUGUAAAAUUGAGCUGUGAAAACAAAUCGAGCUCUGGGGAUCAGUGAAUUCUUCUGAUGGUCAAAAACUGAGUGUAAAAUGCUAUGAACAUGGAACACGGCUGAACAAAACCAAGGUAAAUGCUUUGGUCUUUACCAAGGAAAAUGCUUUGCUUAUUAAUAUACUACAAAGCUCCCCACAUCUAAUUUUCAAACAAAUCAGCAGUUCUUCAAAACCCACCUACGUAGGCAUAUUAAUAAUUUUUGUUUAUAGCAAUAUAUAAACAGCAAAUAGUGAAGCUGCUUAUAAAAACACAUAUACAUGUCCAUAGCAAAUUUGGACAGGUGUAGGAUUUCAGUUCUAACUUGGACAGCUCCUGCAAACAUACAGCAUUUAAAAGCAGCUGAUAAAAUAAAACAGCAUAAAAUAAAAAAGCCACGUUAGAAAUAAUAAAUACACCAAAGUAUGAAGGAUUAUUUUAAAAAAAUGCCUUAGAAUGUUAAUUGAAUGUACAACACAUGUGAUGCACUUAUUAUGUGGAUAAUUAGCAGGUGUGUGUAUUUUAUGAUCACAAACACAACGGUGAAGACACAAUGCGGAAUGCGUCCGACGACACCGCGACUUCGUGAAAGAUUUGCGUAACUUGCAAACCACAAACAAAAGAGAGAGGCUUUAGCCUUAAGGUACAGUCUUAAUCAGUGAUACUUAACCAGCUUCAAGCUUCACUUGAGAUGCAUUUAAAAGUAAUUUCACAUGUUUUGUUGUGAAUUAGCCAGUACGAAUUCAUUGAUGUGUAUGUCUGCUUCAGUAAUUCGAGACCAUGCGCAAGAAUGGGGCAGUAUAUAUUUAAUGUCCAAGUUAUCCAUUGCCAAUCAUGACCACUGUUACUAUUAUUAUUAUUAUUAUUAUUAUUAUUUGGAAAUACUCUCGGAACAAGAUUGUCAUUUUGCACUAUUUAUUAUUUGCACUUUUGUGUAUGUAAACCUUUUGAUGAACUAGAUUUGUUUUCUUUCCAUGCAAAUGUUCUUAGAAUAAUGAAUUCAUUUAUACUAAGAUGGGUUAGUUCGACAUUCCUCUGUAUUUAACUAUAGGAUCGCUCAAGAUAUUUUUAUUUUGCUUUAAAAAAAAGUCAAGCGAUAGAAAGAGAUAUCUUUUCAACUGACGUUCCAGCCCAAAGUGCUCUAAGUGUUAAGUUCUGUAUGCAGUUUGUUUCACCUACAGUUUUUUUUCUGUCUUUUGCUGCUUCUGUCUUUUAUCCUCACACGUUUAAGAAUCGAGGUUUCCUGAACUUGUUUUUUUCCGCACUGAAACGUAAAAAUUGAGAUGGUUUCUGACCCUUAAUGAAGGUUUUUUAGAUUAUGCUGUUACAGACUCAUACCAGUGUGAAUGAUUUAAAUUUGCAUGGGUAAUGUAAUAUACUGAGGCGUUCUUUGCUUUUUUAAUGAGGGGGAAACUUACUUUUAACUGCCAACAACGCACUACAAUGUUAGUUUUAAAUAGUAUAUAAAACAAGAGGUCUUUUAGUGUAUAGUUCGUUCAUUUCUGUCCACAAACAGUGCAAUCCAUCUGACAGAAUAGCCUGCUAAAGGUAAUGCUAUUGCAUAUACAAUGAGCAAAAUAGCAUUGCACCAUGUUUAAACAGCCUUGUGAGACAAAGUAAAUAUGUGAGGCACUACAAAACUGGAUCAAAUCGAGUGAUUCUCUCAUUUUAGGAAUAUAUUUUUGCUUGCGGUCAUUGCUAAUAGACACCAAGGAACUUUAAAAUAAGUCUUUGUAAUAGAGUAACUAAGCAUCAUGAUCUUUAUGAGCUCAAUUUGUGUUAAAUGGCCUCACCAGUUUUCCAGUUGACCACCAAGUAAUGCACUGAAUUUGCUUAAUACAUUUACGAGGAUAAAGUAUAUUACAUCAACACAGUUUUGUUUUUCACUUUGCUUACUUCUGCCAGUAAUUGUGUUGUGAUAUAUUUUAUUUGAAGUGCACAUUUGAAUUGAAGCAAAUUCAAUGAGAUCUGCCUCACAGUGACUAGACUAUGAGAGCAAAUCGAGACACUACAAAAAAACGACACUACAAAGCCUUUAAUAGCACUCAGAGACAUCAAAAACAUCACGAAAAUCAACUGUGAACUGGAUUGAGGCUUUGAUCUAAGCCUCAUAACACUUUUCUCUUGUUCUUGUCUGCGAAAAUGCACUAAUUAUACUGUGUUGCCUAGCAACUCUGAUUGAAGCAACACCAAUUCGUCAGAGUUUCCAUGACAACCACAGACGUACAGCAACAGGGACCUUCAACCACAUGCAUGAACAAGCAGCUCUGUUUUUCAAGUUCAGAUCAACCUAACAACAAACUCCGACGACACUCACUACAGUUAAACCGGAUCACGACGCAUACACGAACUCUGUCUCUGUCUCUCUCUCUCUCUCUCUCAUCUAUGCACUCACUUCUUUCUCUCUGUCUCUCUCUCUCUCUAACACACACACACUUACACUCACACACACCAACAGUUCCUGUCUUUCUCUAACACUUACUCUUUUACUCUUGCCUCAAACCCCCCCACCCCACUAUACGACCCCCCCACCCCAACUCUGCGAUAAUAUUAGUAUGUCUGCAGCUCUGUUUGAAGUAUAUAUCUUGUGAACUUGCAUCUUCCCUCUUUACUUUCCCCAAACCCAUAUCUAACGUAGAGGAUUAGUCUCAAGUGAAAGUAUUACCUUGUGCUUUUUCUGAUGUUUGUGUGCGAUAUCUCCUCCUGCUCGCUCUAGAGCAUUCGAUGUAAAGGGAACCACUAUUAAAAAAAAAAAAAAGAAAGAAAGAAAGCAAAACUUGAAAACCAUCCACAAUAAACAGUGUCGUGGAAAUUCUC